AGCGCGAAGUGGUUGAAUGACCCAGGGGCUUGGAGGGGUGGCGGCCGAGAAGAGCGGCGGGGAAGGUCAGGUAGGGGGUAGGGGUUGUGUGCACACCGAGUCUGCGUAUUUUCCAUCAUUCCUGGCGUGCAGGCGUGCACACCUGCGUGAACCACAUGUUCACAGACGUGUGCACAAGUGUGCAUCGGCCUUGCUUGGUGGACAUUUGGCAAACAACAAUGGAGGCAAAGAAAUCUCUCUGCAUCCCCAAGUGCGCACCUGCGUGAGGCCCCCUCCUCUGCACGUGCUCUUGCGGGGUGCGCUCUUGUGAACUCUGCCCCUCUGUGUGCCUCCCUCGGGACACCAGGCCUUGCACAGGACGUAUGGAUGAGCUGUGCCACGGGGCUGUGCUUGCUUCUGCAUGUAGCCUGCUGAUGAGUAUGCACAAGCGUGUGCACACGCCACCUCUCUGUGUGGGUUCACAUACUGUUAGCCAUGUCACCAACAGACACAUCAGCUUGUGCAUGCGUGUUCCACCACUGGGUACACAUGCUGAUGCGUGCCUGUGCAGUCUCUCCUUGGACACACAUGUAUGUGUGGUACCAGUGUGUGCAGGCAUGUUUGUGCAUGAACAUGUUUGCACAUGUGUGCUUGAUCAUGUAUGUGCGUGUGCACGCGCGCUGGGUCUCUUGGGAUCUGCUGGCAAGUCAGCCUGUGUGUGGGGGCACGGGGAGCCUUGGCAUCCCUGGAGCCCUCACCAGGAGCCUUGGAGUGGGAGGCUCAGGGCCAGCCAGGAGAGUGGCCCCCGGCCCUGGGCAGAGGAACUGGGGCCAUCCUCUGCUCUCCCAUCUUCCGUUGCUGACCUGGGAAAAGGGGUUGAAUAACUUGGGCACCCUAGGAUCCUGCAUUGAGGACCCGGGCUGUGGGGAGGCAUGGGCAUGGCCCCCCUGCUGGGGGCUGGGCCCUGGCUGAAGCACCAACCUUCGCCCUGGCCCCUCCCUCAGAAGCCUAAUGGAUCCCCUCCUCCACGCAGACGGCCCUGUACUGCCCUCGCCCAGUUGGGUGGGGGUGCUGGAACCCACUCACCUCUGGGCCUUCUCUCUGGUAACCCGCUCUCAUGGGAGCUGGUUACAGGAGCCAGUUCUGGGGGCUGUGGGGCUGCAGUAGGUGCCGUAGAGCAGCUGCCCUGGGAAAGUGCCUCGCCCCGUUGGGCAUGGACUGGAGUGGGGAGGUGAGAAUGGCCUGGCCCAGUGGGUUUUGGGGUUAGGCUGUGAUUUAACUGGGGUUCGAGGGGCUCCCCGAGGCUGUCCUGGGGGCGGGCCCUCAGAGUGUAACUUGAGUUUCCUGGCCUACCGCCAGGCUGGGGGACCAGGCAGGGUGGGCGGGAAGAUGUGGUCUGUAAUGAGGAGCCUGGUUGCCCCAGCCCUGGAGAGGGGGACUCUGCCCGCACCCUCCUGGUCUGAAGAGGGCCUAGUGGCAGCCCGGGUGCAGUGGGCCGGGGGCCAGGGGAGCCUAUGGAGGGGAACCGCCUGGCCUCUGUUCAGCGUGCCCCUCCCCUGGGUGGGGCUUCAGACGCUGAGUCACGGCUUUGGUUGGGGGGCAGCCUCACCCUCCUCCCCAUCCUCUAAGCUGCUGAGGAACUCCUGGGCUGAGCACAGCAGAGGAGGCCUAGGUCCCUGGGACUGAGGAGGGGAGAGCUGAGGGGUGCCCAGCAGUGGGAGCGGUUCUCGGGGCCUCUGCCAGGGCCCACCCUGUCCCCAUGAGCAUGUCCGUGAGCUCCUGGGUGCAGCCACCCCCCGUUGCUGGUUCUCCAGGGACACGGGCGCCCCAGACCCGAGGGCAGCAGCUCUGGGUACAGCUGUCUCUGCAUCCAGCCCUGCUUAGGGGUGGCUGCAACUCCUGGGGCGUGGCACUCUCUGCUGCCUUCUGGGAGGAUGGUCCCUUCUCUGUUCUGGGAUCCUCCAGCUGAGGUAGAGGUCAGGGUCCAGGGGCUGCGGGCUGGGUGCUGGCGGUCAUCGGACACCACAGCGAGAUUCCCUCCAUCGCCCCCUGCUUUGGGAUUCAGGGUCCUCUUAGCCUCUUGGGAACAGGUGAGGGCUGCUCAGAGAGGACCUAGCGCCCUGCUGGGGUGGCUGGGACCCUUCAAGGCCCCUGGCUGGGGCAGCCUGGUGCCUGCGGCUCCAGCUCCUAAUUGACGUGCCCCAUGUAAACCGCAGGCCCCUCCCCCGAGGCCUGUGACACCCCUCAGGGUAGCAAGGUAUGAGGGACUGUAGGCCCCGAUGGCCUCUGCUCCUGGACCCCUGCCCUAGACCUGUCCCUGGAGUCCUGGCCCCAGCCCGGGCCCUGUGGUGCCCAAUCCCCAGGAGGCCAGAUGGCCUGGACAGCCAAUGAGCCAAUUGUGCGGAGUGCGGGGCUGCCGGGAUCCUGGCCCUGUUUCCCUGUUUCCUGCUCCCGGAGGGGAUGGUCACGUGCCCGAUCCAUCUGCCUCCUGUCUUCCGGGGAUUCUCCCGCUGAGGCUUCUCUGGUGAUGUCAUGCCUUAACUCUUCUCUCCCCAGGCAGCCCCACUGUCAGGCUGUCCUGGUGGGAGUGGGCUCUGAGGAGGACGGCCUACCCGUCUUUCCAGCGGACCGUGCCUCUUGCAGCUGUGAGGCUGGGGGAGCCGGAGGCCUCUCUCCCCAGCUGGUCUGGGUCCUCCUGGUGCUGCCAGGACGAGAGCAGCCGCCCUACUGCCCCCACCCUGUCCCACAGUGCAUGGGCGCCAGACCUGGGUGGGCUGCAGUAGUGCAGAGGGGUGAGGGGAGGCGCCGCAGGGUUGAGGGGCUCCAGAUGGGUCCAGGGUCGACUGAACUCCUAGAGGAGAGGCAGGUGAGGCUGGCUCAGCCCUUGGUGGGCACCGUCCCUGAGGGACUCCCAGCGGCUGGCUGUCCUGGGAGAGGCUGGUCCAAUCUUCUUCCCCAAGGGCACAGGAGCCGGCGUCACAGCCGAUUCUGCCUCUCCCUGCCUGGGGUUGGGGGGCACGGGGGGAAGUGCACUGAACCUGGUCCCAGUCCUGCCCCCGUAGGGAGGUGCAAGGGGAGGCGAAGCCCCGAGGGAGCCGAGGCUGCAGGUGACCCCAGCCAGCCCCAUUCUUGCUUUAGGGCGACCAUUGACGAGGUGGAGACGGACGUGGUGGAGAUUGAGGCCAAACUGGACAAGCUGGUGAAGCUGUGCAGUGGCAUGGUGGAAGCCGGUAAGGCCUACGUCAGCACCAGCAGGCUGUUCGUGAGCGGCGUCCGCGACCUGUCCCAGCAGUGCCAGGGCGACACCGUCAUCUCGGAAUGUCUGCAGAGGUUCGCUGACAGCCUACAGGAGGUGGUGAACUACCACAUGAUCCUGUUUGACCAGGCCCAGAGGUCUGUGCGGCAGCAGCUCCAGAACUUUGUCAAAGAGGAUGUGCGGAAGUUCAAGGAGACAAAGAAACAGUUUGACAAGGUGCGGGAAGACCUGGAGCUGUCCCUGGUGAGGAACGCCCAGGCCCCAAGGCACCGGCCCCACGAGGUGGAGGAAGCCACGGGGGCCCUCACCCUCACCAGGAAGUGCUUCCGCCACCUGGCACUGGACUAUGUGCUCCAGAUCAAUGUCCUGCAGGCCAAGAAGAAGUUUGAGAUCCUGGACUCUAUGCUGUCCUUCAUGCACGCACAGUCCAGCUUCUUCCAGCAGGGCUACAGCCUCCUGCACCAGCUGGACCCGUACAUGAAGAAGCUGGCGGCCGAGCUGGACCAGCUGGUGAUCGACUCUGCAGUGGAAAAGCGUGAGAUGGAGCGAAAGCACGCCGCCAUCCAGCAGCGGACGCUGCUGCAGGACUUCUCCUAUGAUGAGUCCAAAGUGGAGUUUGACGUGGACGCGCCCAGUGGGGUGGUGAUGGAGGGCUACCUCUUCAAGAGGGCCAGCAACGCUUUCAAGACAUGGAACCGGCGCUGGUUCUCCAUUCAGAACAGCCAGCUGGUCUACCAGAAGAAGCUCAAGGAUGCCCUCACCGUGGUGGUGGACGACCUCCGCCUGUGCUCUGUGAAGCCGUGUGAGGACAUCGAGCGGAGGUUCUGCUUCGAGGUGCUGUCACCCACCAAGAGCUGCAUGCUGCAGGCCGACUCCGAGAAGCUGCGGCAGGCCUGGGUCCAGGCUGUGCAGGCCAGCAUCGCCUCCGCCUACCGCGAGAGCCCCGACAGCUGCUAUAGUGAGAGGCUGGACCGCACAGCAUCCCCGUCGACGAGCAGCAUCGACUCUGCCACCGACCCUCGGGAGCGUGGCGUGAAGGGCGAGAGUGUGUUGCAGCGUGUGCAGAGUGUGGCCGGCAACAGCCAGUGCGGCGACUGCGGCCAGCCAGACCCCCGCUGGGCCAGCAUCAACCUGGGCGUGCUGCUCUGCAUCGAGUGCUCGGGCAUCCACAGGAGCCUGGGUGUCCACUGCUCCAAGGUCCGGUCCCUGACACUGGACUCGUGGGAGCCAGAGCUGCUAAAGCUGAUGUGUGAGCUUGGAAACAGCACUGUAAAUCAGAUCUAUGAGGCCCGGUGUGAGGGUCCAGGCAGCAGGAAACCCACAGCCAGCAGCUCCCGGCAGGACAAGGAGGCCUGGAUCAAGGACAAAUACGUGGAAAAGAAAUUUCUGCGGAAGGCGCCCAUGGCACCAGCCCUGGAGGCCCCAAGACGCUGGAGGGCGCAGAAGUGCCCCCGGCCCCACAGCUCUCCCCGCGCCCCCACUGCCCGCCGCAAGGCCCGGCUUGAGCCCGUUCUGCCCUGUGUGGCCGCGCUGUCCUCAGUGGGCACCCUGGACCGUAAGUUCCGCCGAGACUCCCUCUUCUGCCCCGACGAGCUGGACUCGCUCUUCUCCUACUUCGACGCAGGGGCCGCGGGGGCUGGCCCUCGCAGUCUGAGUAGCGACAGUGGCCUUGGGGGCAGCUCGGAUGGCAGCUCAGACGUCCUGGUUUUCGGCUCGGGUUCUGUGGUGGACAGCGUCACUGAGGAGGAGGGUGCGGAGUCGGAGGAGUCCAGCGGUGAGGCAGACGGGGACGCUGAGGCCGAGGCCUGGGGCCUGGCGGACGUGCGCGAGCUGCACCCGGGGCUCUUGGCGCACCGCGCAGCGCGUGCCCGCGACCUUCCUGCGCUGGCGGCGGCGCUGGCCCACGGGGCCGAGGUCAACUGGGCAGACGCGGAGGAUGAGGGCAAGACGCCGCUGGUGCAGGCUGUGCUAGGGGGCUCCUUGAUCGUAUGUGAAUUCCUGCUGCAAAACGGAGCGGACGUGAACCAAAGAGACAGCCACGGCCGGGCGCCCCUGCACCACGCCACGCUGCUGGGCCGCACCGGCCAGGUUUGCCUGUUCCUGAAGCGGGGCGCGGACCAGCACGCCCUGGACCAAGAGCAGCGGGACCCGUUGGCCAUCGCAGUGCAGGCGGCCAACGCUGACAUCGUGACACUGCUCCGUCUGGCGCGCAUGGCGGAGGAGAUGCGCGAGGCCGAGGCUGCCCCGGGUCCCCCUGGCGCCCUGGCGGGCAGCAGCCCCACGGAGCUCCAGUUCCGCAGGUGCAUCCAGGAGUUCAUCAGCCUCCACCUGGAAGAGAGCUAGGGCCGGGCAGGCCGGGCAGCUGCCACCCCGCCCGGCCCGAUGCCCCGCAUGCUCCGAAGUUCCUGGCGCCCACCCGGCUGCGGCCCUGCCUGUGACCCGCGGGUCGAUGCCCAGCAGCCCCAGUGCCGGGGUGCCGCGGCCCCGCUCGCCCAGGAGGAGAGCGAGGGCCCCGCACUGAGUCUCUUGAAGCCUCACGUUUCCCUGGGGGGAUGCUGCAUCGUCGGGUGCCCCUUGCCCCACCUGGGGAACCUCUGUCUUCAGGUCACCCCUUUUCAGGGGCCUGGGUUGCUCAUGUCACAAGCCACUCUCAAGGCCCGUGUCACCUGUAUCCCUCUGUCCUCAGGGCCUGUGUUACUUUGUGCCCCACUUCUGCCCAGAACACUGACCUGUUAGCUGGGUCCCUCCUGCACACCCCAGAGCCUCCUCCCAGGGCAGAAAGGGUGGCCCAUCCAGGGAACCAACGAGUACCUCACUUAGUGACCCCAGCAUCCAGGCUGGCGUCGCGGGUGCUGGGCGGGAGGGGCUCUGGCCUGGGUCCUCAGCCCUGGCUGGACGCGGGCGUCCCAAGGCCACGUGGCUGGCCACGAAGGUCCCCGUGCCAGACAGCCCCAGCCGCGUCCUGGCCUCUUCCGGAGGCACCUUCUCCCGGUACUCGGCCCAGAGCCUGCGCAUAAAGCCACUUUGCCACUUUGCAGCCCGCAUCUCAUGUUCUUUGUAGUGGACCGAGUGGGUUUGCUAUAGGCCUUGUCUGACUUUGUCUUGCGUCUUUUCUCUGUGGACUCUUGAGGACGCCUGAGCCCCAGCCCUGCCGCUGACCAGCCUCCCCCUUGGGUCCAGGGGUCCCUUGGCUCAUAUUGCAGGGCCUGCCAAUGCCUUCACGCACCCCUUCCCCAAAGGCGCCCAGUAGGGAGGCGGGGCCUCCCCAACUUGGCGCAGGUCAGGCUAAGGCCAGUCGGCUGGUCACUAUGCAAUGCUGCCCUGGGGAGGCUCCCUGAGGGCACAGUGGGCGCUGGACCCGGCCCCCCAACUGUCUUGCCUGCUGCCUGUGACCCUGAAGAACAGAAUUGAUUCUUGCCCCUCUCCCUGUGUGAGCUUGGCCCCGCCUCCUGCCCCAGCCCCUUGCUGGCGGGUCUUACCGCCCCACCCACCCCUCGCUUUGAAUAAACCGCUUGCGCCCAC